AUGUCAGGUCUCUCCGAGACAACAUACAACAACAACAGCUAUGGAGGCCGAAUCACCGAAAUCGACUGCGUCUAUCCCAUCUCUGGCACCUACGGUCUCCUCCCUCGCCUCCUCUACUAUGUAACCUUGGUUUUCGCCAUUUUCGGGCGCAGGACCGAAUGGCUCAUCGUCGGCGCCCUCGUCAGCGCGCUCACAUAUGCGGGCACCUCGGCGGUCCAUCUCAUGACCCUCGUGACGAGUAAAACCGGAGUGUACGACUUGGACAUCAUGGCCGCGUGGGCGGUUUUAUCCACAGGAGCCCUCGCCUAUAUUGGAAUAAUCCACUGGAGUUCGUCGCUGAGAGCGACACGCGCACGCAUCGUCAUGAUCUGCUGGGGUUGUUUGGUCGGCGUCAGUCUGAUCUUUGGGAGAGCGGAACUCUUUGACACGCCGAUCAGUCCGCCCGAGCCGGCCUGUUACACUCCACAGGGGAUGCUAUUGGAGUACCCCAUACAAAAGGCGAUGAGUCCGGCGUUUGGAAACUGCACCUAUAAAUGCUUCAACGUCACGAAGCCCAUGAGACAGACAUCUGAGAUCAUGGCCAUCCCCCAUGGGGUUCUGGAUAAUUCGCAGUACAGGACACUCACAUAUGUGUUGGUCGGACCGAUCCAGUUUGCAGCCUACGCGGCGCUCAGUAUGGACGUGGUGGAACAUACCCCAUCGAUGAUGUGCACGAAAUUGGUCAUGAGCUAUCUUAUUCAACCCGGCCAGCGAGAGCAGUUUAGCAAAUCGGUGUACAAGGCGAGCAUGGAGAAGUGGUAUGGUGGCUACUUCGCACUGUUCGGCUACAUGCGUCGGUCACGGUGGUCCUGGAGGAAGCUUGGCUUGUCGUCAUUCGUUUUUCCGUGGUUGAUGUUGGGGUUGGCCAUCGAUAUCUUGUGUUUGCCGCUCAUGGUGUGUAACAUUGUGUUCAAUGAAAUCACCUUGUUGCGUGGAGGACUGCCGGCGAAUGAGGCGAACAUGGCGAUAGGGCAGUGGGGGGCCAUUGUGAAUUCGGUGCUCGUGUUGAUAGCGGCCUGUAUCAACAAGGGACUGGAGAUAUGGGAGAGAAGGAAAAAGACGAAAGAGCUGGAUAGCGUCGUCGAGAGCGUUGUGAAUGUGGUUCCAGAGGAUCUUGAGAGCGGUAUGGCGGAGAGCGUACAAGAGGUUGGAGUGGUCAAGCCCAAGCUUGCCCACAUUCAGACUCUGGAAGAUAUGGAGGACUUAGUGAAGCGGCCAAAGUGA